UGUGAGCCCCUCGCUUAGCCCUCUGGGCAAAUUUUUUCACUUUCCUUUUCUGUGUAGGCUUCAUGUGACAUCCGGCUCAGGAGCAGGAGAUGGAUAUACAAGCACAGUGUAUCGUGCCACGAUCACCGAUGACGCUAACCCUCAAAAUGAAGCUCUCAGUUUAAUUUGCAAAACAUCAAUGCCGAUAUUUCGUGAUACCAUGUCAAGAAUGUACGAAAUAGAGGCAUACACAUACGAAGUGGUACUACCGGCGAUGGAGAGCAUUGCCCGCCUAACUGAUCCCUUGCCGUGGCCUAGGUAUGAAUUUUCCGACGUACAGGGCCCACCUCCUCACACAUUGGUGCUGGUAGACAUGCGUCCCGAGGGCUUCGCCAUGGCGGACCGCAGUGUCUUCUUGGACGCGGCGCACUGCCGUUUGGCUUUGAAGCAGUUAGCCCGCUUCCACGGCGCCGGCUUAGCACUGAAGCACCUCAAACCAGAUCACUUCGAGGAGAUCAAGAAAAGGCUAAAUUUAAGCAUCUGGGACACAGCGGCGAUGAGAGAGAACUUGAAACCGUACCACUCAGCCAUGGUGCAAGUCCCACAUGUGGUGCGGGACAAGUUCCCAGAAGGCAGCGAUGUCCACACGAGACUCAAGAAGCUUUUUGGAGCUUUCAAGGAGGACAGUGUUGCGUUGAUGGGGCCGCUGACCGGCCCUGGAUACACCAUCAUACACAACGACCUGCACGUCAUCAACAUGAUGUACCAAUACGAUAGGGUCACCAACGCUGUGACAGAUUGCCGCCUCAUCGACUUCCAGAUGUGUGUGUACGGACUUCCAGCUCUUGACAUCGUCACCAUUUUACUAGUUUGCACUGAUAAGCCUAUGCGCGACCUGCACUGGGACAACCUUUUGCAGGGGUACCAUCAAGAACUACUCGCAACUCUAAGUGCGGCCGGUUGUUCGGAACCUGAAAAACUGUUCCCUUGGACACUGCUACAGGACCAAUUAAAGAUAGCAGCUCCUUACGGUUUGUGCGUGACACCCGUUUACCACUUUGGGCUGUACUCAGACGCCGAAACGGUUGAAGAAUUGAGGCAGAUAAUGGCAGACAACGCGAACAGCGCGACAAAUGGCGAACAACGCAAAGUGACCCUGAAAGUGACACCAGCAUUGAAGACACGUUUAGAAGGUCUCGUACAGGACGUGGCAGACAAGGGUUGGCUGCCGACUGUAGAGGAACUUGAAAACCGCCUAGCCGCAUACGCCCAGGAGAAGAAGAGCGCCAGAGUACACUAACAAGUGAAAGUACGAAAGAUUAUGAACAGAUUUAACAACUUUUCUUUCUUGUGCCAUACUGCCGCGUAAUGAAGCUUAAAGUUACACGCCGUAAGGCGACCAGGGACCAAUAACUGCGAACUUACAGCUGCGUUACAAUUCGUUAUCCGCUCGCAUAUUGUACAAUAAUUCGUUUCCAUUUGUUACGGUACAAUACCGGCAAUGGGAAUUAAUGUAAACAGGUACGUUAGGCUACCGCAGUUGUUUGUUGCCUUCGCAUCAUGUCAUCAGAUAUUUUCCUAUUUAUUUUAUGGUAUUAAUUUUGAAAGAAGUGUGCCAAAGCCCCGCGCACCAAAUGUACGCUACAGUAAUUCUAUUAACAGUUUUUCUAUUUCUUAAGUUACGUGUAAGAUUCUGUAACUAAAGUUACUGGUACUGGUCCCUGGCCCUCAGGAGCAGACUCUGCUGUGCUGCACUUUAUUUGCUAAGAUCGUUAUUCUUUUGAAAUAUAUAUUAAACCCUA